GCUGAAGCUGCUGGUGUGAAAACAUUGCACAUUUUCUUGCAGUCAUUUCCUUCACAGCUACGAGGAAACAGCUUCAGCAAACCGACAGAUGUGAUUUGCACCUAAAAAAUUGUUUCAUCAUGUCAGAGGAACAAAAUGUAACAACUAUGGACGUGGACACAGCUUUUCUGAAAUCCAAGAGAGGGAUCCUGAAAGCAGCAGAGAUGGGGACUCUGUUUGUGGCGUUUGUGUGUUUCAGUGUAGCAUCCACACCAAAGUACAUCACAGCCACGGCACUGGAGUUUGUGAUCACCUUACUUUUGCUGGUGCUUUACGUUCUCAAACUGAACAAGAGGCUGACUUUCUUCUUCUGGCCUCUCAUCGAUGUUUUCAACUCAGUGUUUGCAGCAGUCUACUUUCUGGUCCUGAGCUUGUUGGCUUUGACUACGUACACAAGGACAGGCACACUAGUCGGGGGGAUAGUUGCCAUCCUGACAGUUGGUCUGCUGUGUGUGGACCUUUACAUGCUUUUCAAGAACAUCACCUUCAACAAGCGGAGAAGUGGAACACAGAAUCAAGAGCAGCAAUGAAUAAAUUAACUGUAGUAACUUGAUGCUUUCUGCAUUGUUUAGAUUCCAGCUGUGAUCCGCACUGCUGCUCAGACACUAAAACAUGUGUUCAUGUUUGAAAUAAUAAAUCUUGUGAAAUCAACACAUAUCAAUAAAGAUUUUCAAAGCUCUGUGA